GGCUACCUCUUCACUCCCUCGUCACCUGGCCAGCAGCUGCUCAAGCGCCUGCUUCCUCGGCUCUGAACCAUGUCCCUGGGUCUCCUGUGGCUGGGCCUCACCCUGCUGGGUGCCCUGCAGACUCAGGCCCAGGACUCCAGCUCAAACCUGAUCCCAGCUCCGCCACUGCUCAGGGUCCCUCUGCAGCCGGACUUCCAGGAUGACCAGUUCCAGGGGAAGUGGUACACCGUAGGCCUGGCAGGGAAUGCAAUUCAGAAAAAAGCAGAAGGCCAGGGUAAGAUGUACACUACCACCUACGAGCUGAACGAAGACGGCAGCUACAAUGUCACCUCUACACUGCUCAGGAACCAGCGCUGUGACCACUGGGUCAGAACUUUUGUUCCAAGUUUCCAGCCCGGCCAGUUCAAUCUGGGCAAUAUUAAGAGUUACUCCGGAAUACAGAGCUACACUGUGCGGGUGGCUUCUACCGACUACAACCAGUUUGCCAUGGUGUUCUUCAAGAAGGUUUCCAACAACAAGGAGUACUUCAAGACCACCCUCUAUGGGAGAACCAAGGAGCUGACCCCUAAACUGAAGGAGGACUUCGUCCGCUUUGCCAAGUCUCUGGGCCUCACCGAUGACCACAUCGUCUUCCUCACCCCAAUCGAUCAGUGCAUUGAUGAAUGAAUUCUCAGUGAGUACAUCUGGGGAUGCUGAUGGGAGGCCAGGGUGCAGUAGGGAGUGUUCUCCCUGCUCCCGACUCCUGCCCCAGCUCCGCUGCCCACCUGACUCUGCUGUCCCCCGUCAGGACUUCUCUCUCAGACUGGCCUCUGCCCAGGUGUGGCCUCACCAGCCUGACACCAGUGAGAGCCAAGAGACCCUUCUCACAGCAUUGCCCACCCUGCUGUUCCCUGGCCACCUGCUGAUGGAGCCCCACCUUGUCUGCUAAAUAAAUUCAUGACCACAGGCCUCCA